UUUAUGAUUCUUAAUUGCUUUUCUGUUUGUUUCCAUUUCCAUAAUAUCCAAAAUCAGAAGUAGUAGUGGUAGCAGCUGUCAAGAAAGUCCUUCUGCUCCAUCUUGUAAGGAAAAUGAGAAGAAACUUAAUGGUGAAAACAUGGAGAAUUCAAUUGAGGAACAGCUUCAGACUGCUGGGGAUGACUCUUUACGAAGUGAUAGCAUUCCAUCCCUUCCUGAUGAGAAAGACUCAACUUCUAUUGCAACAGAAUAUUCCCUGAAAUUUGAUGAAUCCAUGACAGAAGAUGAAAUAGAAGAAAAAUCAUUUCGAUCUUUACUACCUUCUGAGAGCCAUCGUAGAUUUAACAUGGAAAAGAAGAGAGGCCAUCAUGAUGACUCUGAUGAAGAAGGUUCCCCAGACAAGACUACCCUGUCUUCUGCCAAGGAGCUGAGCAUACCAUUCUCAGGAGGGCAAGAUAGCUUUUCUAAGUUUACAAUGGAAAUGGUUCGGCAGUAUAUGAAAGAAGAAGAAAUGCGUGCAGCUCACCAGUCUUCACUUUUGCGUCUCCGUGAAAAAGCGUUGAAGGAGAAGACCAAGGCUGAAUUAGCCUGGCUAGAGCAUCAAAAAAAACAUCUACGAGACAAAGGAGAAGAUGAUAAAAUGCCCCCACUCCGGAAGAAACAGCGUGGUUUGCUUUUAAGGUUGCAGCAAGAAAAGGCAGAAAUAAAACGUCUUCAAGAAGCCAAUAAGGCAGCUCGGAAGGAAAGACAACUGAUUCUUAAGCAGCAGGAGGAGAUAGAAAGAAUCCAACAGACUACCAUAAAACUGCAGGAGAAAUUGAAGUCUGCAGGGGAGAAUAAAUUGGACUCUCAUAGUGAUGAUGAUACAAAGAAUAAUAAGGCAGUUAGUCCUGGUCCAACUGAUCUAGAGACCCGCAGUCCUUCUCCCAUCUCAAUCUCCAGCAGUGAGACUAGCAGCAUCAUGCAGAAACUGAAGAAAAUGAGAAGCCGCAUGGAUGAAAAACACUGCUCUCCUGUUCACUACUUCUUCUCUGUCUUUACGUCUCACCACUGGGCCUCUCUCAGUGUCUGUUUUCCCAACCUUCAUCCCAAAUUCCAGCUGUAUAUCUACAACCAGUUGGUCAGAUGA